GUCAGGCAAACACAAGCACGCACACACCACUGGGAGACCAGAGCUUCUGGCUGGCUCUCUGCUGCCACAGCGCCACUGAGGGUGGGGGGAGCAGAGGCAGUCUCGCCUUGCCGGAGAUAAACCCAAGCUGAGAGGAGAGGCAGGUGGUUCAGGUGCGUCGCCUGGAUCAUGAGGUCAUCCCUCUGCUGGCUCCUCACACUUCUCCUCAUCUUGGCCUCAGCGGCCCAAGGCCAGCCAACAAGACGACCGAGACCCAGACCGAGACCCCGGCCCAGACCCAGACUCAGGCCCACACCCAGCUUUCCGCAGCCCGAUGAGCCAGCGGAGCCUACAGACCUGCCUCCCCCGCUGCCCCCAGGGCCCCCGUCGGUCUUUCCUGACUGUCCCCGGGAGUGCUACUGCCCCCCCGACUUCCCGUCCGCCCUCUACUGCGACAGCCGCAACCUCCGAAAGGUCCCUGUCAUCCCGUCCCGCAUCCAUUACCUCUAUCUCCAGAACAACUUCAUCACGGAGCUCCCGGUGGAGUCCUUCAAGAACGCCACGGGCCUGAGGUGGGUCAACCUGGACAACAACCGGAUUCGAAAGGUGGACCAGAGGGUGCUGGAGAAGCUCCCCAGCCUGGCGUUCCUCUACAUGGAGAAGAACCAGCUGGAAGAGGUGCCCGCAGCCCUGCCCCGGAACUUGGAGCAGCUGAGGCUGAGCCAGAACCAGAUCUCCAGGAUCCCGCCCGGGGUCUUCAGCAAGCUGGAGAACCUCCUGCUGCUGGACCUGCAGCACAACAAGCUGAGUGACGGCGUCUUCAAGCCCGACACCUUCCAGGGCCUCAAGAACCUCAUGCAGCUCAACCUGGCCCACAACACCUUGAGGAAGAUGCCCCCCAAGGUGCCCUCCGCCAUCCACCAGCUCUACCUGGACAGCAACAGAAUCGAGGCCAUCCCCAGCGGGUACUUCAAGGGCUUCCCCAACCUGGCCUUCAUCCGCCUCAACUACAACCUGCUCUCGGACCGGGGCCUCCCCAAGAACUCGUUCAACAUCUCCAACCUGCUGGUGUUGCACCUGUCACACAACAGGAUCAGCAGCGUGCCCGCCAUCAGCAACCGGCUGGAGCACCUGUACCUCAACAACAACAACAUCGAGAAAAUCAAUGGGACCCAAAUUUGCCCCAACAAUCUAGUCGCCUUCCAUGACUUCUCCUCGGAUCUGGAGCACGUGCCGCACCUCCGCUACCUUCGGCUGGAUGGGAACUACCUGAAGCCGCCCAUCCCGCUGGACCUCAUGAUGUGCUUCCGCCUGCUGCAGUCCGUGGUCAUCUAGGCCUCCUGCGCCCCUGGAGCUCCUCCGGCCACACUGAAUGUGGAGGCCCAGGCGCCCGUGCCCACAGUUUGCUCUGUCUCCUUUUCUUGCUCCCAGCUCUGCCCUCCUUAUCCCACCUUCCCGAGUCAGGGACAAGCCACAUACUCUGCUGUCACUGCAGCUUCUAGAACAAGAUUUCCAAAGGCUUGAUUUGGUCCACCCAGUUCAAAGACACCCACUGUGCACCCCAACUUCUGGUCCCAGAAGCACAGGUGUGUGUCUAAAGACAUCCCACUCUCUUCCCUCAUCACCCCUGGGUUAGCCUGGGCCAUGGACUGAAAUCUGGUUCUCGUCCUGGCCAAAGCAAGCAGAGCAUGGUCAGGGGCAGCCUAGACAUGAAGUUUGGAAAGUCCUUCUGGAAACUCCUCUAUUGUGGGCAGCUCUGACCCAAACAGACUGAGGAACUCAGGUCUCCUGGGUCAAGGAUCCCAUCUUCCAAAACUGCUGCUGCCGUGCCCCAUUCACGGGCACCAGAUGGGCACCUGCCCUCUGCCAGCCUGGAUUCUGGAAAGGAGGUGCAAGGGAACGGCUGAAGAAGGGCGCAGGCUCAGAGAGGGGCACAGGGACCCGCUGGUCCUUCAUAGGGUGAGACGGGCCCCUUCUCGGCACGCAGCCUCCUGGCUAAGCCUCUGUGCCAACAGUAACAGCAGGGAGGAGCAUUCCAGGAGGAGAGUGCCCCAAACACCCAGGAGCCAGCCAGUGGGAGAGGCUGGGGGUCAGAGCCCAGGAUGGCCCGGGUGGGUGUGGAUGGCUGCUUGGCCGCUGGACCAGAGGCCCAACACCUGAGGAGCAGCAACACGGGGAGGGUACAGAGCCAGAAACCCUGCCCUGCCAUGCGCUCUCUGCCCUCCCCUUGCUGGGGAGCGGCUCCUGAGAAACUGCUCGAGAAGGGGCGGAGAGCCAGAGAUCUCCCAGAGCCCUCUUCUGCUUGUGCAGCGGCCUCCCCUCUCAGCCAGGCACAGCACUGACAUCUGGUGGCUGAUACUGCCCACAGCUGGCCCCUGUGUCCUCCUCAUCUUUCUGGGGUGAUUUGCCAAGGUCAGGAGUUGGCCUCAAGUUCCCACUUGAAAAGCUGUGGGUGACACGCAUGGUCUCUGUCCUCUGGGGUCUAUCGGGCACGCAGGUAUAGAGGCACCAAGAUAGGGGGAUGUGGUUCCCAUAUGAGUGAACCCAAGAGGGAAACGUCAGGAACCCAGAAGAGAAUGUGGCUUGUUCCCCUCUGCCCUCUCACCUUGCGGGUCCCUUCUGCUCUCUGCUUUCAGGCGGUAGGCUAAGGAGGUGGCUACAGUGCCCUCCAGGGACCCUCUGGAGCUCACGUUCCCUAUGCAGCUCCACCCUCUAGACCAGCACGAGUCCUAAAUAUUAUCUCCUUCCUUUGCAAUAAUUUAUUCCCUGUAUAGACUGUCCUUCCCCCAAAGUUCUCACACACACUGCCCCCCAAUCUGGCACAGGGGAGCAGUGUGUGAAAGGCCUCUAAAGGAGCCCGAGUCCCCCAGAGCCGACUGACCUUCAUCUCCCCUUUCCUCCCUCUAGUGGGUGGAGAUGCCCCCCUACAGCCCCCAAGUGAAUGUUGGUGGGACUGGGCAGGGUGUGCCCUAGAGAUGAGUGGGACUCAGUGCCCACUCUCAAGUUAGGGUGAGAAAAGUUCCAGAGAUGUUUAAGAAACUGGAUUAAGCUAGCUCCCCAACUUCAAGAAAUCUCCAUUUUCUUCUAAUUUUCCUCUUUUGCUAAUUUACAGAAAACAGGCCCGUUUCAAGUUCCUCCCCAUGUUCCCAUUCAACUGCUUCAGUCUUUGCAGCUGCAGCUGGUUUUUCCAAAGCUCUUGCUUAAAGUCAAGAUAGACUGUAGCCAAGGUGCUACGGCUUGGAUAAGCCCCCUUGUGUAUCUUACUCCCACCUUGCACCGUCAGCCCCUCUGGUAAUGAGCACAGCGCCUAGGACUCCUCAGGGAGGAGGGGUCACUCCCCUGCUCCUGCAAACCUGAACUGUCUUCUUUCAACAGCAACAAAAUCACCAUCAUCCCAGUGCCCUGUCUAGAGUAUGCCGGCUUCCUCUAUAGCUCCCUGCAGCUGUAAACCAGAGGAAAUUGAGUUGGCCGCAUAGUUCCCCCCACCACAUACACAUAAUGCGCCGGUUUCCCCUGGAUUUAAGGAGGCCGCCUCCUCCAUGUACAACUUCAUUCUCUCAGUGCUGUUGGCAUAGGCACAUACAGGUGUGUAAGUAGGUGUGUACGCGUGCCCUGUACCUACAUCUAUCCUUUCUUGAAGAUCAUGACAACUUUGUGAAACAACUUUCCCAUUCCAUCAUGCUUCACAGCAGAGAAAAUAAAGU